UGGCAGUAGUUAAAUACUGAGCACGCCUUGCCUAUAACGCUAGUCUAUCAGUGUGUUACCUCAGGGAAAAUGGCUUAAUGUCAUUCAACAUUAGUUAGUUUUAUCGCCAUUAGGAAAAGUUUAAUCGUGUCGUGUUCUGCAGUCGAGUAAUAUUAAAGAACAGAAGUUACUUUAGCUAUCUGUUGCCUGGGGUGACAUUCAUUCAUUUUGACCCAUUGGAGUCGACGUUUGUAUGCUGCUCAGAGCAGUGUAUCUAUAAUAGGAUAGGUUGAGAAUCUAUAACACAUGAGAGUAAUUUACAACCGGAGUAAUAACAAUAAUAGCAUCAUUUGUUGUAAACAUUAUUGGAAACGUUUCUCUUAUCAGUUUGAUAAUAUAACAUCUGGACUAUUUAAACAUGUCGUUCCUCUCCCCUGGACCACGAGUUUCACAAUUUAAACGACACAGUUUAGCUAAUAUCGACAUCGGAACGAGGUUACCAAAAGGUGCAAGGCGCGGUUCAACGUUACCCACAUUUCUACCAGCCCUGACUUCCUCAGAUGCAGCAACACGUCAAGACUUCCUGGAAAGUAUACAAGUGGCUGUUGUUCAAAUAUUCCAAAAGAAAACUCUUAAAGAAAAUGAACUUGGGAAACUACAGAGUAACGUAAGAUAUUUAACAGAUACCGAAGCUGGUCCAUUAAUAUUUGAUUAUUAUAAGGACCAACUAUUGAAAAAAGGCAUGGUUAUACUCAGAGAGAAAAUAAAGAAUGAAAGGGGUGCUGAUUUAUUACGGUUGUUAGGAGAUACAUGGGAAGGUUUUUUCAAAGAAAUGCUACCAUAUCUACAAGCUAUACUUCAUCCAUUAAAGAAUACGGAAAUGUCUAUUCGAGACGUCACUUUACUGGAAUUUAGAAAUAUUGUUUUAUUAAAGGUUAGUGUGCAUGAAGCACUACAGUCAGCGACAUUUAUACCUCCAAACGUAAAACAGAUGCUUUUAGUUCUUCAGAGUGUGUCUGAUGGAAGUUUCUCGUCAGAAAACACCUAUAAACUGGAAAAAUUAGUGGCCAUAGCCGUGGUACCCUAUUUAGGACUACGUGGUUUGUAUGCGGGUUCACCAGAUCCAAUAAUAAAAGCUAAAAGUCGUUCAACGCCUCGCCUUGUUGUUACAGAAGCGGUAGACUCUGAAUCCGAAGAGCCGGAAGAAGAAGUGAAGGUAUCGCUAUAUUCUACAUGGUCUCCAGCAACAGUCAAUAAAUUCUCUAGUCGACUUAAUAGUAUAUUUAACAACAAAAAGUUAGCACCGGUGUUAGAACAUGGAGAUGGUGGGCGAAGACACAGUUUGUUUUCAUAGUGAUUAUUAACUGAUACAUUUGUAAAAAUAAUUGUGAUAAAAAAAAAAACUUGUUGCCAAUAACAUUUCGCUGUUUUUAAGUACCCGGUGCUUUGUAUAACACUCAGUUUUCAAAAGACAGUUAAUGUUAAAAACAGAAGAAUAUGUAGAUAUAUUUAAUUCAUUCUGCUCUGAUACUGAAAAGAUGUGGCUUAUUGGUAAAACCUAUUAUGCAUAACUGUUAAAUGCAGGCGAAUUGCGGGUAAAAAAAAUACCGAAACCAAACGAUACAGAAACAGACAAAUCAAUCAGAUAGAUAUAACUAUACAUGGUGUAUACGGUCCUCGUGUCGAUUAAUAAUACAUUUAGUUUUAUUGUCGUUUCCUUGAUGAUGUCAAUCAUUAUGGAAAAUUCCACAUAAAAUGUGAUUUCUGGUCCUCUAAUCAAGUCUAUGGAGAUAUUAUAACAGUGUCAUGACAUAAAAUAAUAAAAAUAAUAGUCUAUUCAUGAUACAUGGGCUUAUGUAUGCAGCAGAUUAUUAAAUUAUUUUGUAUUAUUGAAAAUAAAAAUACUUUUUGUUAA